AUGGCAGAUGUCACGACAAAGAGCCCUAUUCCUACCUUGGCUUCUGCUCCCUUCGAUAAGGCGAACGCAGACGUCAUACUUCGCUCUGCGGACAAUGUCGACUUCCGCGUGCAUAAAAUUGUGCUCGCACUAGCAUCACCCCUAUUUGAGGAUAUGUUCACUUUGCCUCAGGCUGCUUGUGAGGACGUGAAACAUGACGGCGCCACUAUUCCAGUGAUCCCUUGCCCUGAGAAUAACCGGACAUUGGACCACUUGCUACGACUCUGUUAUCCCGUUGAUGAUCCUGUACACGUCAUGCCGAUGGAAAUACGCGACGUUCUGUCUGCGGCUGCGAAGUACCAGAUGCAGGAGGCGGUGAGCCUGAUGCGGACGGCAUUGUUGCGGCUGGCCUCAAUUGACCCUAUGGCGGUGUAUGCAGUCGCCUGUGACCUGAGUUUGGACCUCGUGGCAGAACGUGCUGCUAGAGGGUUCCGCUCGGAUCCUCUGGACGACUAUGUCCCAGAGAUGGACCACAUUUCUGCUGGCGCCUAUUAUCGUCUUUUGCAGUAUCGAAUGGCAUCAUCUCCGCCAGCCAUCUUCGACUUCUUUGGCCAUGAUCAGAAUGGUCCGUCCAGCCCGGGAGGACUGGACAGAGCUGCAGCUACAGCUGUGCCUUCUCCGCAAACAGUUCUUCCGAUAUUCAGCUCCAAAGGGGAAGGAGAUUUCAUUCUCAGAUCUAGAGAUGGUACUGACUUCUAUGUCCUGGAGAGGCUGUUGUCCUUAGCAUCCUCUAUUCCUUUAUCUAGCUGGCCUCGCGAGCAGAAGGACUGCUCUGACCAAUUUCCUCCCAUUAUCUUCCUCGCUGAGCACACUGUGGUUCUAAGCCGUCUUCUGCAGCUCAUCUACCCGAUGACUGAACCACUAGUCGAAGACAUGGCGGAGGUCGUUGCUCUUCUAGAGGCUGCUAAGAAAUACCAAGUCCAGAAGGUGGAGGAGUUUGCCAGAAGAAAACUCAUGGAGAAGGUGGGCGUUCAUCCAUUGCGUGUCUACCUCGUUGCAGCCAGGUUCAAAUGGAAAAGAGAAGCCAAGGAGGCUGCUAGACUGGCGGUGUACCAGACAUGCGAUGUGUACGUCCCCGAGAUGGAGAUGGCGUCCGCCCAAGCAUACCGGCGAUUCUUGGAAUACCGUGAAAAAUGUCGUCGAGUCGUCUCCGAGUGCGUAUCGGAAUACGUCCAGCCCGAGAAGUCCCAGUCCCCACCCUCUCCAUUCGGCGAUCUGGCGGCUUCUCUGACUUCGCUGCUCGCUACAGUCUCUCAGCGGGGCUCGGAAAAGUCUUUGUUCUGGAACGAGAAGGGAUAUGGCGACGAAUUAUGGCCCAAGAUAUUCACAGCGAUCCAACCGACUAGUGCAUCGACAGAGACCCAGAAUCGUCUGCAUCACAUAGUGUAUUCAACACCGCGGUGGCGCAAGACUCAGAACACAACUCCACCAACCCAAUUAUCAGGCUUCUUGACUGACGUUGAUAAGCUAGAAGAUAGUAUUCGAGAUGCCAUCACGCGGAUCGAAUUCAAGCUGCCUACGUAA